AACACGUCUCACUUAUAUCUCUCCCUCUUGUCUUCUCUCUUCAAGCUUCAAGAUGUGUUUGAGUUCUUCAGAAACAUUUUCAGACACACCCACGAGAUUAGUUUUGUACCUCAAAACACAAAGUCACGUUCGUAUCCCUCGUCUCUCCAGGAGGAGACGGAUGUGGCGGGAAGAAAAGAAGAUGGAGAUGAUUAAUCUAAAGCUUUACGUGGAGAAUCAAAACAUAUUAAGAGAGAACGAGAAACUUAGGAAGAAAGCUCUUCUUCUUCACCAAGAAAACAAAGCUCUCUUCUCUCUGCUUCAGACCAAAAAACUCUCCUCUGUUCCAUAAAUAAAACCUUACAACAUCACCAAUCACCAAGAUCAUAUUCUUCUUUCUUUAGUGUAUCAAUAAUAAGAUCUCAGGGCU